CUGAGGCUAGAGCUGACGGAGGGGACCCUCCGCGGCUGGGAAGUUCGCGGUUACCGUGAGCUCAGGCUUCUUGCCCGCCCCGCGGGGGCGGCUACAGCGGGACCUGGGCUGCUACAGCCGGACCUGGGCGCCUCCUGAGGGAGUUGGUGGCCCUGGACGGUCCCUACCGGAUAGAGGCCUGGGCGCGUCUGGGAGCUCCGGAGCCUCCCGGUCUUGGCGCUCUGUGAAGCGGGAAGCUCAGCAGUAGCGCCAACGGAGAUCCUGUGGACAACGCCAGUACCUGGCCCCCACAGGAGUCGCGGAACUUGGCGGCCCUAAAGGAGCCGCAGCAUUUGGAAGAAACGUGGACACAAAGAGAGUGAGUCCCGGGCCUGGUCACCCAGCCGUCAGUGGAGGCCCGGGACUGGGACUGGGAGCUCCCGGCUCCUCGGAAAAAGUUGUGACUUCAGUCUGGGGGUUAUCUAUGAAACAAAACUUUAGUCCUGCACACCCCUCCCGGAAAAUUCAUUACUGGCGCCCGGUCCCCUGCCUUUCUCAGCAUCUUCAGCGGGGGACCUUACCAGUCUUCCUGUUCUCUUCCCGCCUCGCCUCUGGUGUGCAGAAUCGGGGAGCGAGCGAGAGGUCUGGGCGCUCGACGGCUCUAGAACUCGUGAGACCCUACCCCCAGGUCGGAUUGCCCUGCAGAGUGGGGUCCGCAGCAGUAGGGCCUUCGUUUGUCCCCUGCGUCCUCCAGGACUCAGAGGGGCCGCCUUCGUGGGCGGGAAUGCUGCGAAGCGAGCAACAUCUGUCCAGUCUGCGCUGUCGCCACCUUACUUGGAUGAACACAUGGGGCGAGCUUAGAGACCUCGGCAAUGGAGUAGGAGCUGGGUGUCUGAGCCCCGCCUAUCACGGGGUCACUUCCGGCUGGGUAGCCCUGGAAGAUGGCUUCGUGGGCUCUGCGCUAUCUGACGCGGCCAUGUCACUGCUGUUCCUUUUGCCAGAGUCUGGUCUUUUCCCCGCCGCUAUAGCACACUUGGAGCUGUGGAUGCUGUUACAGCGGGUCAUACAGCAGAGGUUCGGGUGUAUUUACUUUCCAUUGAGGCCUAGAAUGUAAGCAAGUCCUAGACUUUAAACUCCAUGUGAGUAGGGGUCUCUCUCUGUGCCUAGACCUCCACCAGCCUUAGGUGGGCACCCAACCCAUGUUAGAAUGAAGGGAUGCAUGACCAAGAAAAAGGAGUCAGGCUUCCUGGUACCCUGACACGCACCUUCACCAAUGACCUGCUUGUUUCCAGCUCAGUUCUGCUUCAGUUAAAGGCCAUUGUCUCACUCAGAUGCCAGAAGUCCUGAAAAGGGCAAAUAUUAAUGGACAUGAUGUGUGAGGGAGUAUGGACCUCAGCAGGAGUUAUUUCAAGGGUUCCCUACCCCCCAUAAGUUCCUGCAUUGUAGGAGAUUUCUCAUGAGCAGUUUCUGAUGGGGGCCACUGAGGAGAAGGAAGACAAGAGACCUGUGACUGUAAAGGAGUGAAAUGGCACCUCUGCAGGGAAGGCUGAAGCUCUGAGGAGAGAUGUCCACAAUGCACACUUUCUGGGGAUGGUCCACAUUGACGGAAGAAAGUGUUCCCAGAUAAGUGUAUCCCAUUAAAGGCAAGUAUUAGCACUAAUUUCCCCUGCAUUUUGGUAAAGGAUAUUUACUGAAAUGAAGCCUGUAAGGCUCUUUCUCCCCCUAAAAGGAUUUGCAAAAAUG